GCCAAAUAUGGAGGCCGGGGACCGUUUUCGGUCGCAAUGCCUUACGCCAACCAGCCCACAGUGCGGAUCACCGAGCUCACAGACGAGAACGUCAAGUUCAUCAUUGAGAACACGGACCUGGCAGUGGCCAAUUCUAUCUGCCGAGUGCCCAUCAUAGCCAUAGACUGGGUCCAAAUUGAUGCCAAUUCUUCAGUGCUGCAUGAUGAAUUCAUUGCCCACAGGCUUGGAUUAAUCCCUCUUACAAGUGAUGACAUUGUAGACAAGCUGCAGUACUCCAGGGACUGUACAUGUGAAGAAUUUUGCCCUGAAUGCUCAGUAGAGUUUACACUCGAUGUCCAUUGCAAUGAAGACCAGACUCGCCAUGUCCCGUCUCGAGAUCUCAUUUCUAAUACCCCCCACAUCAUUCCGGUGACAUCCCGGAGUAGAGACAAUGACCCCAAUGAUUAUGUGGAACAGGAUGACAUCCUUAUUGUCAAACUCCGGAAAGGCCAGGAGCUGAGACUACGUGCCUGUGCUAAAAAGGGCAUUGGCAAGGAGCACGCCAAAUGGAACCCUACAGCUGGAGUGGCCUUUGAGUAUGACCCAGAUAAUGCCUUGAGGCAUACAGUCUACCCAAAGCCUGAAGAGUGGCCAAAGAGUGAAUAUUCUGAGAUUGAUGAAGAUGAAGCCCAGGCUCCCUAUGACCCCAAUGGCAAACCAGAGAGGUUCUACUACAAUGUGGAGUCCUGUGGCUCUCUUCGCCCUGAAACCAUUGUCCUCUCUGCUUUGUCUGGUUUGAAGAAGAAAUUGAGUGACCUCCAGACCCAGCUCACCCAUAAGAUCCAGAGUGAUGUCCUAACUAUAAACUAGCAACAGUCAUUUCUAUCAGAAAUGGGACUCUACAGUAAUGGAUGGACUUCUAGCCUGAGAUUCUGCUUGCCAGACUGGAAAGUGGACUAAAAUUUGGCCUGUUCAAAGACCUGGCUAGCCCAUUGCAGCUUUUAAGCCUAUUGCCAGUUUGGGAUGUUAAUUAACCUAGGAAGAUAUCAUGGGAAGGAGAGGUGGGAGGCUUUAUUCCUUGCAAGAUUUCAUCCUGAUCUCUUUGGGUGUUCCCUUAGUAGGAACAGAAAAUAAAAAGCCUUUUCCCCCAGGAAUCAGCAAAGAUUUUGGAGGAUAAGGUGAGUAGGUGUAUCUUUAUUAAGUCCUUACCAUAACCAACCUUUCGACUCUAUUGGCCUUUACUACACCUCUACUGUGAUACCUUUGUUAGCAGCAACAGGAAAAAUUCUCUUCCAUAGAUUGUAGGCCCAGUAUUAUAGUGAGUGAGUUACUCUUUGGUGGUGCCUCAGCUGGCUGAGUUUGAGUACAGUGUUUUCUCCCAGGCUUGCUUUGGAGUGUUCCAUUAAUUUCUUAUCACGCCCCAGAUUAGGUCCGCUGCCUUCUCAACCCUAAACUCCUCUAACUAUAGUUUGAUCACUUAAUUGAGACAAAAAAGCAAGCAUCUUUCAAUGUCUUUUUGAUGAGGGUGGGUUAACCCUGACCCCUUACUGCUCGCUCCAAAGGAAAGUACAACAUCAUUGGUUAGUUGGAUGACAAAUCAAAAAUUCAAAUCAGAUAGUAAGGGUCCUUUAUUAAUGAGCAGGUUUUUUUUUUUUA